GAGGCGAAGGUCAAGAAGUAAACAUGGCGGCCCGCAGUGUGUUGAGGUCUGUUUGGACCUCUUUUGCGGGCUUAAAAUUAGGAGCUACAGGCACCAACGUGAGCGCCCUUCAAAGGAUAAAUGUUCCUCAGCCGCCUGCUUUAAGCAUCCAGAGCAGAGGGAUCCGCCAAGUGGUGGAGAAGCAAGAGGGUAAAACAACAAUGAUUGAGGGACAAAUUGUGAAGGUUCCAGCAGGACCACAACCUCCAAACCCCACAGCCAAAUGUCCUAUCUACAGAUGGAACCUACAGCACAAGUACAACUACACGGAUGUCUUGUUGCUCAGUCAGUUCAUCAGGUCAGAUGGAGGGAUGUUGCCCAGAAGAGUCACUGGUCUCUGUCCAGAGGAGCAUCGCAAGAUUACCAUCUGUGUGCAGAUGGCUCACAGAGCAGGUCUACUCCCUGACCACAGACCCAAACUUCCAGAGGGCCAUGUCCCGAAGAAGUCCAAGCCACAGCUUAACAGAUACUUGACUCGCUGGUCCAUUAACUCGGUGAAACCAAUCUACAAAACUGGACUUAAGUGGUGUAAAAAGCGCAUGUCUGUUGGCCACCCAGCACUCAAGAACAAUGUGUGUUACGGUGUCAAGCCCCUUUACAUAAAACACUGACGGAUAGCAAGCCUGACGAAUCAGAACAGCAACUGCAGGGGAGUAUGCUGGCCCAUAAUGCGGGGAUGCAGUGGAUUUCCACAUCUUUUAUCUGCAUCUGCAGUUUAUCCUGACAUUUGUCUCAUCUCCCUGGGAAAAGGCCUAAAAGCUUCGCCCAUCUGUAUUUAUUCUACCUUUUGUUUAUCAAGUUGCGUCAUGCUUUCAAUGAAUCAUGCUCAGACCCACCCUGAACCAUCCAUUUUUUCUGUGUGGGUUUUCAAAAAGCCCUUGAAGUGAACUCACUGACAACUUAAUGUGAGCAACAACUGGGUUAGUGUGACACUUUCAAAGUAGGUGGUAUGUUGACUGUGUAUACUCAAGGCAACACAGAUGUGCAAAUAAAAUGUGUCUGUUUA